GAGGAGGGGGUGCUUCUUUUCCUCUUCAUCACCGGCAGAAUCCGGAGCCGGUGGGCGGCGCAGACCCCUGAAGAUACAGAGAGCCUGCGGAUGCUGACCGAAGGAUGCGAUAGCUCGGAGGCUGAUAUUGGAGAGUGGUAUCAUAUUUUGUAUUUCUGCAGGGAGACGAACCGACGCGGUGCGUCAGAUAAGGAGUGUGAGUCUUCUUUGUCUCCAAAACACAGACAACAAUAGUCUGUUUUCUUGUCUGGGAAAAAAAGUGGAUUUGCUCUCUACUCUUUCAGUUUGAGGCCCUGUGUGCUGAGUCUUUGCCUCUUUAAGGACACUUCAGCAAUUCUGUUGCACAUUUGUCAUCUAUUGGCCGGUGGGUUAAAAGAGAAAGCAGCAGCUGUUGACUAUGGCAGACAUACUGUGACCUGCUCAAGAUUUGCUUAUGAGUCUUUAUGGGCUUAGGCUACUGUCAGGGAGGACAUCGACUAGAGAGAGGUGAUGUAAUUUGGUGAAAGCUGUCACUUUUGAUUUGAACAACUGACAGGCCUUGCUUGGCGCAUCUGUAGGCACCAGGCUGGACAUCUCUGAGAGGGAUAGAGAGGCCUUUGUAAACAAACACAUUUCAACAUCCACUGACGAGUUUCUGCCGGUAGAUGCUAUUGUCUCUGACCCUCUUCCUGUGGAGGCUCUACCGACAAUUCUUCAUCAUGUUCAGCUCAGACAGGCUUACAGUCCCGGAAUAUGUCAGCCGGCUGCAGAGAGGGAGGAGCGGCUCCGGCUCCGUCUCCGAGCCCAAAGCGGUCUCUCCGGGUGUCAAUGCGGACGUCCAGGCGGUUCUGGACACCUCAAUCCCCGCCCUGCGCUCCGCCAUUAGGAGGCUAAAGUCAUCCAAGGAGACCUCUGAUUCCGAUGAGACCCGCAGUGCCAUCGCAGAGCUCUUUCAGCUGGUGGAGGAGGCCUGGGCUUUGCCCACUGUAGGCCGUCAGGUGGCCGAAGAGAUCUGCAACCGGAUCCGGCUGGAUGGAGGUCUGGAGCUGCUGCUGCAGCUUCAACAGACACCUGCCGUGGAGAUCACCUAUGAGUCUGCAAAACUGCUGGAGCAGAUACUGAUCUCAGAGAACAGAGAUUAUGUAGCACGAAUGGGUCUGGGGGUCAUACUCAACCUGACUCGACAUCAGGAAGACGCACAGCUGGCUCGCAGUGUCUCGGGGAUUUUGGAGCACAUGUUCAAACACACAGAGGAGACGUCUGUCCACCUCAUCUCUAACGGUGCCCUGGAUGCCCUCCUCUUCUGGUGCCGGGGUACAGAUCCCACUGUGCUGCGCCACUGUGCUGUGGCACUAGCAAACUGUGCCAUGUACGGAGGCCACCGCUGCCAGCGAUGGAUGAUCGAGAAACAGGCAGCUGAGUGGCUUUUCCCACUGGCUUUUUCUAAAGAGGAUGAACUCAUUCGCUUCCACGCAUGUCUGGCUGUGACUGUGUUAGCUGCAAACCGAGAAAUUGAGAAAGAGGUGGUGAAAUCUGGAACCCUGGAGCUGGUGGAGCCAUUCAUUGCAUCUUUGGAUCCGGAUGACUUUGCCCGCAGUUUAUUGGACAGUGCAGACUGCAUGCAGGGUAAGACAGCAGCUGAUCUUCAGCAACUUUUGCCAUUAUUGGAUGGCACAAGAGUGGAGGGAAAGUGCAUUGCAGCCUUUUACCUUUGUGUAGAGACCAGCAUCAAGUCUCGUCAGCGCAACACUAAGAUAUUUCAAGAGAUCGGAGCAGUGCAGAGCCUAAAAAGAAUGGUCAUGUACUCCAGUAAUGGCACAGCCUGUGCCCUCGCCAAGCGGGCUCUGAGCAUGAUGGGAGAGGAAGUGCCGAAACGUAUCCUGUCAUGUGUGCCCAACUGGAAAACCUCUGAAGUGCAGACCUGGCUGCAGCAGGUUGGCUUUAGUGCCUAUUGUGACCGUUUCCAGGAGCUCCAGGUGGAUGGAGACCUCCUGCUGAACAUCACGGACCAGGAACUCAGCGCUGAUCUGGGCAUGACCGCAGGCCUCACUCGCAAGAGGUUUUUGAGAGACUUACGUGUGUUGAAGACUUAUGCCAACUACUCCACAUGUGACCCAAACAAUAUGGCUGACUGGUUAGUUGACGUGGACCCUCGUUUCCGUCAGUACACCUAUGGCCUUGUCCAGUCAGGAGUGGAUAGCAACAAUGUCCAGAGCUUGACCGAUCUGCAGCUCCAGAAUGACUGCCACAUAUACAACGGAGUCCACAGAGCCAAGAUACUCUCUGCCAACCACAGGGCCUUAAAACCGUGCCACACAGAUGCCCAGCCUGCAGGGCCCGAUGUGUUCAUCAGCUACCGUCGGACUACCGGCUCCCAGUUGGCCAGCCUUCUGAAGGUGCACCUGCAGGUUCGAGGAUACAGCGUCUUCAUAGAUGUGGAGAAGCUGGAGGCCGGUAAAUUCCAGGACAAACUGAUCCAGAGCGUACAGCGGGCGCGUAACUUCAUCCUGGUCCUGUCUGCCAAUGCGCUCGACAAGUGCAUGGGUGACACUGACAUGAAGGAUUGGGUGCAUAAGGAGAUAGUCACAGCCUUGGCUGGUAAGAAGAACAUAAUUCCUGUCACAGAUAACUUUAUGUGGCCCGACCCCAUGUCUAUGCCGGAGGACAUGAGAGCAAUUCUUAACUUCAAUGGCAUCAAAUGGUCCCAUGAAUAUCAGGAAGCCACGAUUGAGAAGAUCCUACGCUUUCUGAAAGGACACCAAGACCAAAUCGACUGCCCAGAUGCCUCCAAAGGCCAGAAAAAGAAAUAAACUGACAUAAACAGGUUGAUCUCAGCUAUGAUAACUUUAAAUGAUGCCAAUUCUACAUGGGCUAUGGUGAACAGGCCGGCAGCUUUCCCUGCUCUGCCCAAAUGCAAGUGAAUUUGAUUAUGUUUAGCUUACAUGCUUACAUGAAGACCUAAUAGAAAUUGACCUAAUAUAUUGCAAACAAUUAAUUAAAGGGGAUUUUUGAUUGUAUAUAAUAAACUGUAAGCCUUUAAUGAUAGUACCCUCAUACGGCUGUAUAGUUGUAAUCAGGUACAGUAUACGCCUUCUGUCUCUCAGGAAAAUAACUGUGAUAGAUCAGCUGUUAUUGGCACCCCAGCAAAAUCAUCAAUAGCAAUUUCUGAAGCAUCCACUAAUCACAAAAAUGAUAUGCAAUCAUCUUUUCUGCUCGUAUACUGUACAUAGGACCACAGAAGAUCUCUGAUCUUACUGACAUUUGUGUUUUUUAUGUUUGGGUCAUGAUGGAAAAGAAAUCUGUCCUAGCAGAUGCAUUAAUUGUUCAUGAUGAGAGUAUCCACAGUGGGCAUAAUCGAAGCUGGAGGCAUGUCAUAUUCUACAGAAAUAAACUCUAGAUGCUGUAUAACUGUAUCCCUAAUUUAACCAAAUACAUGUCUAAGGAGUAUACAAGCAACUAAAAUCACCCAUGUAGUAUCAAACCUUUCCUUCCUU